AUGAGCAGAUUCACAACAGCCGUCUCAUCACCACAGGCCCAGAAAAUUGUGGACAAUCGUGGUUCAAUGGUCACAAAGACAGUAACAAGAAACCAGCCCCAAGCGUCAUCACCAACAGCACCACGCCUGAGCUACAGUAGCCUUAAUAAUCCUUUCCCACAAGAAUUUGAGUUUGCGAAGCAGAUACACGAUUCAGUGCCUGCAUCGCCAGCGACUCCGGUGGUUGGGAAUGGUGAGCAGAAGGGUAGCAUUGAUUCGGGGUUUGAUAUCAUCGACGCAUAUUCUAGUGGUGAGCGUUCAGGAACAGCCGGGGAAGUAUCAAAAAAGAAUUCGGCGUGUUCUCUUGUGCUUCGCCAUCCGCUGCAUACAUUCAUACUUCCCUUGUUGUGCAGUGCCUGCCAGACUCAGCGUCUGCAAAAUAUCGCACGGUUCGAAGCUUUGACGAUCAAGGAGAGUAUAGAUCGCGAUGUGCGAAAGGGUGAUGGACUUGGUGGUGUCGUUGAUGCGGAGAGGAAGAAGAUUGCGAGGAGGAGUACGGGGAAGGGGAAAUUGAUCCCGCUGAUAUGUGUCGAGGAGGGACGGAUAAGGAGGAGGGAGGUCAGGAAAAGUACUUUGAAGCAGAUUGAGCUCAAGCUGGGGGGCGAGUUAGUGGUUGGCGAAGAACACAAGGAGGACCAAGUAACAAGCAAUCCUGAGGAAGAUGGUGAAUCGACUUCCGGAAUACAGAAGCCAGCGACCAAGACGGAGGCGAUGACCGCAAGUUCGGGAUCUGCGUCGAAGGGAAGCAAAGUGGCCGGUUCCCAUGGUGUCGAACAAGACACUCACAGCACAAACGUCUCUAUUACCCCUAUUGUACCUGCUGCAACUCCAGCGCCGUCUUCAAGUUGGUCGUGGUGGGGAAGAAGUACUGUCGUAACCUCCGCUCCAUCAUUCUCAGCUGCAGCAAAGACAGUGCCAGCUGCACAGGGUUCAGGUCAGGCGCAUAGGGGAACCACCACGAAAACUAAUGCGUCCAAAGCAGCCAAAGCAGAGAGCGGACAGCCAAAAUCAGCCUCAACAGUCCCGAGCGCGUCGCGGCCGAUGUCACCAGGAAUUGACUGGUCUGGUAUGCAAGAACGGUGGAAAGGUAUCAACAACAAUGUCUCGAGAGAUGUGUUCGGUCGUAACGCGAAAGGGAUGAAUCGGAUCAUGGGUUUCGAAGGAGCAAGGAGCGAAGAAGCUAUAGGGACCAUGGGAAAGUGGUUCGAGCCCUAA